UAAUAAUAGAGAUCAUGAAAAGGAAGGGGAAUUUAAUAAGGUAAUAGCUGAAAAUGGAAAAUGGGCUUGACUCUGGAGCAUUGGGCUCAUGCAACAGGCCCUUUAACUACUGUUCUGUCUCUGCUCUCUGAAGGAAUCACUACAGAGCUUAUCCUCGACAACACAAAAACCGAAGUAACCAAAAACGCCUCUUCACUCUUUGCUUUGGGUUGCAAUCUCUUAAACCAUAGCCAAACAGACAUGCUUCUGCAGCCUUCUUCGCUGCUGACUCACCGUGUUUCUCUCUUGUCAGCCUCUUCUUGCUGUCGACAGCUUCCAUGCCGAAUCCCCCAAUCCCAAAAGCUUCCAAUCACAUGUUCCAUAUCUCAAGUCCAUAGCUAUGGAACCAUGGACUAUAAAAGAAGACGCAUGAUGAAUUGGAACGUUAUAUACAGGAAAAUAUCGCUCGUGGAGAAUCCUGAUUUGGGUUCUGCCACUGUGCUGAAUGACUGGGAAAAAGGAGGCAGGAAGCUCAACAAAUGGGAGCUUUCUAAGGUUGUCAAGGAGUUGCGUAAGUACAAGCGUUACAAGCAAGCUCUUGAGGUGUAUGAGUGGAUGAACAACAGAGGAGAGAGGUUUACAUACUCUGCUAGUGAUGCUGCAAUUCAGUUAGACCUUAUUGCUAAGGUGCAGGGAGUUUCAAGUGCUGAAGAUUUCUUCCUUCAACUCCCUGAUGCUUUGAAGGACAAAAGAAUCUAUGGGGCUCUUCUGAAUGCCUAUGUGCGAGCUAAAAUGCGAGAUAAGGCAGAAUCUUUAAUUGACAAUAUGAGGAAUAAAGGUUAUGCCUUGAAUGCCCUUCCAUUUAAUGUUAUGAUGACUCUAUAUAUCAAACUCAAGGAGUAUGAUCAAGUUGAGUCCAUGGUUUCAGAAAUGAUGGAAAAAAACAUACGUCUGGAUUUAUAUUCCUAUAACAUCUGGUUGUCAUCUUGUGGAUCCCAAGGAUCUGUGGAAAAGAUGGAACAAGUAUAUGAGCAGAUGAAACAAGAUCCAAGCAUCAAUCCAAACUGGACUACGUUUAGCACAAUGGCAACAAUGUACAUCAACGUGGGGCUGUCUGGAAAAGCUGAAGAAUGCUUGAGAAAUGUGGAGAGUACGAUCGCUGGUCGAGAUCGUAUUCCAUAUCAUUAUCUUAUUAGUCUUUAUGGUACUGUUGGUAACAAAGAGGAGGUGUAUCGGGUAUGGAAGGUAUACAAAUCUAUUUUCCCACGUAUUCCAAAUUUGGGCUUUCAUGCCAUGAUAUCAUCUUUGGUUAGGGCUGGUGAUAUUCAAGGGGCAGAAAAGAUUUAUGAAGAAUGGCUGUCAGUUAAAACGUCUUUUGACCCUAGAUUAGCAAAUCUUCUCAUGGGGUGGUAUGUUAAAGAAGGAAAUUUGGAUAAAGCUGAGAGCUUUUUCAAUGACAUGGCUGAAGAGGGAGGAAAGCCGAAUGCAAGUUCAUGGGAGAUUCUUGCUGAUGGGCAUAUUCAAGAGAAGAGAGUUGAUGAGGCUCUAUCUUGCCUGAGGAAAGCUUUUGCAAGCGAAGGCUCAAGAAGUUGGAGGCCAAAGCCCACAAAUGUUUAUGCCUUCUUAAAACUGUGUGAGGAAAAAGCAGACAUGGCAGGUAGGAAGGUUUUGGUGGGAUUGUUACGGCAAUCAGGAUUUCUCCAUGAUGAAGCUUAUGCAUCACUCAUUGGCUAUUCCGAAGAAGGUGUCGGUGAAAGUGAAUUUUCAAUGGACAAAGACAGAAACAGCAGUUAUAGUUCCAGUGAUCAGGAUCAGGACAACGAUUUUGAGGUUCUUCUCAACCUACUGCGGAGCAGUGUGUGAUGACCAUUAUUAUCUAUCUUUUCUUGGAAGGCAUGAGCUACGAUAUCCACUGGUGUUGGCAAGGAAGGUGGACUUAUAGUUAUUUCUCCAUGCAUUCACAUGCAUUUCUGCAGCCCUUUUCUGUUACUUCUGUUCCGGAUGUAUGAAUUUCCAAUUUAAGCCUGUGUAGCUGCUCAAGAGGCAGAGUGUUCUUCGUUUUUGGGGAAGGGAUAUGGAUAAUUUACCGUUUUCGAUAAUUAUAUCGAUCCCUCAUUUACUCGAGAACACACCAUAUCGUCUACCGUGUAAGGUUUUCAUUGAGCAUACACGAGAAACGGAUUGAUCCUAUAUAUAAAGUUUCAUAUUUACGGUUGUUUUCUUCCCAUUCCAUGCAGUAUUUUUACAUCAUUUAUCAUUUGUAAUUUGUUCUAAAAAGACGAGGAGUGUUCAGGAUUUUGGAUUAAUGAUUGUAAGACAUUUUGACAAAGAAUGAUAACUGCAGGGUAUCGUGUGCUUUGACUAUUAUCACCAACUACAGUAUUUUUUAUAUGUGAAACAAAAGUAGCUUAUCAUUUCCCUCUCUUUCCAGCUGAAAAAUUAGGCUAUGCUCAAUGGAGAUUCAUGGAAGAAUAAUACGCAUGAAUUUGACUCAUCACACGAUGUGAUC